AUGUCCAUGCCGUGGAAGCUCACUUGACUUAUCCCCACAGGGACGAGGGAAUGUAGUGACAUCCUGACGUGACCUCACGUCUCCUCUCAGCCCGAUCCUGGUUCCUGUCUCUGAUCCCAACGCCCACUGGUCCGCGGCAGCCCGGAGAUGUUUCUCCACUCCCUCUUGAUGCAAAAAAUGGCAAAGAACACGCAGCAGCCAAGAAAAGACGGCGGCGCGAGAUCGUCAGGUGGCGGGCUGUCGUCGUCCAAGAAGUCCCGGUGGUACCAGCGCGCGGUGGAGGUGCUCCUCCUGGUCUGGAAGCAGCAGCCGGCGGCGCCUCCAACGACGAAGGCCGCGGCGGCGUCGGGGGUGACAGCCGCCGCCUCGGGCAACAAGGGCGCGGCGCCACCGGGGGGGAGGCUGCGCAAGUCCUCGUCGCUGAACGUGGCGGCGUCGUUCACGCGGGUGUGCCUGUGCGCGCCCAUCUCCUCGUACAACAGCGAGUCGCUCUACUGCUUCCCGGCCGACGGCGCCGCGCCGCGCCGGAGCUACAGCUACCCGCGCGCGUCGUCGGCGUCAGCGUCCGGGUGCGGCGCCGGCACCGGCGUGAGCCCGCUGGUGGCGCCGGCGUCGGCGCCGCCGCCGCUGCCUCCUCUCCCCGCGGGGAGCAGAGGCGGUGAGGGCGCGCGGCGCGUGUUCCGCGGCAAGUCGCUGACGGACGACGUCCUGAUGCGGCGGUUCGUGGUGGACGAGGAGGCCACGCGGCGGCGCAACGAGAUGGAGGUCGUCCGGCGGCGCCACGCCGCGGCCUCCAAGCGCCGGCGCCUCGGCCCCAGCCCACUCCGCCGGAUGGCGCUGGCGGAGUCGGAGGCGGAGGCCGAGGAGGAGGAAGCAGCGCCUGGAACUGGGAGGGGAACGGACAAUCGCGUGGCAGCUGCUGCUGUAGCGUAGGACUGACUGCGGAGCUUUUUUUCCCCCUGUCCUGUGUGCUCUCGAUCGGCUCGCCGUCGCCUCUGUUUUUUCCUCUGUCGUUUUCCUCUUCUGCUGCUGCUGUCGUGCGCUGCGAUGCGACUGGGAGAAGGAGGAGAAUCGCCCAGUUUUUUUUAACAGAACUGUACUAGCCUCUUGUUGU